ACCGUAACAGUCCCUGACUCCCAGGCCAGUGGCCUCUUGCAGCAUGCUGUUUGCGGACCGUGCUCCCUCCUCUCUGCUGUCUCCUCCACGUCCUCGGUCACCCAGGACCGGGUGCUCCGUUCUCGGCAGGGGGAGCACUGUUCGUUUUCUGCUCUCCCCGAAGUCUUACAAGCUACUAAAGUAAAAUCAUAAAAUAUAGGUGGGCUUUUUAUCUUUUUUAUUUCCAGACAGUAAAAAAUCAUUAAGGCUUGCUCUUAAUUAGUUUAAUUUCAAAGCUUCUAAAUAUUGAUUUAACCUACACUCUUUUGUACUUGCCGCAGUCACUGAAUUAUGCCUGUUAUUGAUCACAGAUGGGAACGUUUCCUUCCACCAGGCUCGGGGCCCUGGGAGCCACUGGUCCCUGGAGGGAGCACUGGGCUCGGAGGGCAUGGACGGGGGCAGCAGCAAGAGAGAGCCCCUGCCAGAUUCGGAAGGGAUUUCUCUUGAAGAAAGGCUGCCGGGCUUACGCCGGAGGCCAGUUUCUUUCUCUUGGGUUGGCCCAGGCCCAGCGGAGCUCAGACAAGAAGAAGUCCACUGGAAAUCUCCCCAUUGCAUUCGGGCUUGGGGAAGAAGCAGGAGAGCUGGGCGCUGGGUUGGGGGGAGGAAGGAGGGUGGUGUGGGGUCGUGGGUGUUUGGGGCAUGGGCUUUAGGGCCAGCCAAAGCCAAGUGUGAGUCGUGGCUUUGCUCUUGGGCAAGGGACCUCACUUCUCACAGCUGCGAAGGGGGCUGGUGUUUCCCACAUCAGAGCGUCGCUGUGAGCAUUGGCGUGGUCACUCCAGUUAGGCACAGUCAGAGGCCAUCGUUAUUCCACUGCCCUCCCACGGGGAGAAUAAGGACUGGACUGUGAGCCUAUAGCAUCUUCUAGCAUUCGCCCCAUUGCUUGUUUGCUGUGUGAUCUCGGGCAAGUCACUUAACAUGGGGGUAAUGGCAUCCCUGACUGCAUGUCUUAGUCUAUUCUUGCUGCUAUAACAGAAUGCCACAGGACUGGGUAAUUUAUAAAGAACAGGAACUCAUUUCUCGCGGUUCUGGAGGCUGGGAAGUCCAAGAUCAGUGUGCCGGCACCUGGCGAGGGCUGCUGUCCACUUCCAAGAUGGCGCCUUGCACGCCGUGUCCUCCAGAGGGGAGGAGGGCUGUGACCUCACGUGGCUGAUGGCGGAAGGGCAAAAAGGGACCGAACUCCCUCCGCCAAGCCCCUUCAUGAUGGCGUCCAUCCAGGCUCCCCCACCGUGACCCAAGCAUCUCCCCAAAGGCCCCAGCUCCCAACACUGUGGCAUUGGGGAGUCAGUCUCCAACACAUGGGUUUGGGGGCCACAUCCAGACCACAGCAACACAGGAUCAUGGAUGCAGAAGAAUUUUAACUGCAAGUUGCAUCCAGUCCUGACAGAUUAUUAUUGUGGCUGGCUGUAGUCGUGACUGCCUCCCACGCCCCCUUUGGCUGCCUCUGCCUGCCGUUCUGUGUCCAGACCAUGGUGGCUCUGCCUGCGGCUCCAGCAGCGUCACCACGUCACCCAUGCUCUCGGGGCCCCAGGGAGCCACUCACUGCCUGGAGCUCGUUUCAUGUGUUUUCCUCCCAGGACCUUUGCUCCUGGUGUCCCCUGUACGUGCACAAUGCCUUCCACCAUCUGCGCGUCUGCGUGUACUGCCGGCAGGUUCAGGUGACACUCAGCCCAUGCAUCUGCUUAGCAGCGUUGUUGAAGUACAAUUUGCGUUCCAUCAAAUUCACCGAUUUUUAGUAUACAGUUCGAAGAUCUUUCGUAAAUGUCCUAUGAAUGUUUGCCCAACUUCUACCCAAGGUGGAAUCGUGCUCUUUCCCCUAGAUUGUGCCCUGUUGCCCUUGCUCUGUGACAACUGCUAUCGUGCCCUAGGGCACUGGUUUGGUUUGCUUUUUUAACCUGUGACUCCCUCCCCUGCCCGUAACUCUGUAGCCCCAGCCCCUCACAUACGUACCGUGCCUGGCAUACAGUCAGAGCUCUAUUAAUGCUCACUGGAUAAAGAGUUUCCUUGUAGCAGGACAGAGGAGUCUAAUCUGUUGGAGUAUAAACAGCUCAUCAUAGAUAGAUAGAUAGAUAGAUAGAUAGAUAGAUAGAUAGAUAGAUAGAUAGAUAGAUUUUUUUAAUUGAGCAUUCUGGGUGCUGCUGUUCUUGGUUGGUGGAAUUCCGAUCUCAGCUGGCAGGGACGUAACAGAUGGUCUAGCCCCGUGAUUCUCAAACUUGCAUGUGCAGCAGAACCACCUCCAGGGCUUGUCCAGACACAGGUGACUAGGGCCCACACUCGGGGUUUCUGAUUCCAGAAGUCUCGGGUGGCCCAAGAACCUGCAAUCCUAGCAAGUUCCCAGGCGACUCGGAUCCUGCUGGUCCAGGAACCUCACUCACUGUGAGAGCCACUGCCCCAGCCCACCUCCCUCCUUCUGCAGACGAGGGGCCCAAAGGCCUAGAGAAGAAAGAAGACAUGAUCCAAAGUCUGGCCCCAGGCUGGGGCGAGAGCCCGGCCCUGCCCGGUGCUGUGACCAGGGCCACAGCUCUCCACACCCUGCCCGUCGCUGCUGCCAUCCUGGCUUUGGAGAAGCUGGGCGAGGGCUGGAAGGCAGCACAGAGCUUCCUCGAAACGCUGUCCACAGGCCGGGCCGGCCAGGGGGAGUGAGGGGCCCGCCCAGCCAGAGGCUGUGGGCUGGGGAGGGAUGGCCGGGAGGAGGUGGUGAGGACGGACAGGCCGUCCUCCUGCAGUUAGGCGGGAAAACCCACCACCAGGGCCGCAGCUGCAGCCAUUUAUCUCCGGGCCUGCCUGAGACAGCUGACAGAGGGACAAGGCAGCCAGCCCGCGCGGGGACCGAGGCUCCUUCCGCAGCGUGAUUUAUCUCCGAGCUGCAUCUGGCAAACCUGCUGAUGAAAUGAGUCUCCUUUUCUCUCCGCCUCAUCAAUUUUCAUUCUGAUUUCAUUUUCCUUUUCCGUUAGAAGGGGCUUGGCCUCUCUCUGCGUCCGGCUGGUCUGUUCCUCAUGCGCCCUGCCCCCUUUCUCCUCGGCCGCCAGGGCCCCCGCCCUUCUGCCCAGCCUCUGCCCCCGCCCCGCCCUGAGGGUCCCGCCCUGUGCAGCGGGACACUGUGGGAGGGAACCCUGUCACGUCCCAGCAGUGCUGGAGUCCCCGCCACUGCUUCCCUGACUGUGCCUGGGGCCCUGCAGCCCCAGUCUGAGGGACAGUAGGCAGCUUCGCGCUGGGUGCGGGUUGUUGAGGGUGGAGGAAGGCGCCAGGUGCCAUCAACUCUAGUUGCAGCGGGCGUGGUCAGAAAAGACCUCUUGGAGGUGCAGCAAGCACCGGUUCUUCAGAGCUGGCAAGAAUCCCCCAGGGCUGCCCCGACAGGCGUGGCCAUGCGUGAGCAGGCCCCGCCCCGGUGGGCGAGGACGGGGAGCGGCACCCGGGAGGGCCAGAAGUGAUGCGGCAGCGCGUCUCCGUGGCGUAGAAUGACUGCCCUGGCGGGGCGGCUGCCCAGGCCCCGGCAGGGCUGCUGACCCUCGGCCUGCAGAGCGCGCAGAGCGGGACUCCGGACUCUUCCUGUGGGUGCUCCCCUGCCCUGCCGCCCCACCAUGAGGCUCCUGGCGGCCCCCCUCUUGCUGGCGUGGGUGGCCGGCGCCACCGCCGCGGUGCCUGUGGUGCCCUGGCGCGUGCCCUGCCCCCCGCAGUGUGCCUGCCAGAUCCGGCCCUGGUAUACGCCCCGCUCGACCUACCGCGAGGCCACCACCGUGGACUGCAACGACCUGCUGCUGGCGGCGGUGCCCCCCGCACUCCCCGCAGGCACGCAGACCCUGCUACUGCAGAGCAACAGCAUCGUCCGCGUGGACCAGAGUGAGCUCGGCUACCUGGCCAACCUCACGGAGCUGGACCUGUCCCAGAACAGCUUCUCGGAUGCCCGAGACUGCGAUUUCCACGCCCUGCCCCAGCUGCUGAGCCUGCACCUGGAGGAGAACCGGCUGACCCGGCUGGAGGACCACAGCUUUGCGGGGCUGGCCGGCCUGCAGGAGCUGUACCUCAACCACAACCAGCUCUACCGCAUCGCCCCCCGCGCCUUCGCGGGCCUCGGCAACCUGCUGCGGCUGCACCUCAACUCCAACCUGCUGAGGGCCAUCGACAGCCGCUGGUUCGAGAUGCUGCCCAGCCUGGAGAUCCUCAUGAUCGGCGGCAACAAGGUGGACGCCAUCCUGGACAUGAACUUCCGGCCCCUGGCCAACCUGCGCAGCCUGGUGCUGGCAGGCAUGCACCUGCGGGAGAUCUCCGACUACGCCCUGGAGGGGCUGCAGGGCCUGGAGAGCCUCUCCUUCUACGACAACCAGCUGGCCCGGGUGCCCCGGCGGGCACUGGAGCAGGUGCCCGGGCUCAAGUUCCUGGACCUGAACAAGAACCCACUGCAGCGGGUAGGGCCGGGGGACUUCGCCAACAUGCUGCACCUCAAGGAGCUGGGGCUGAACAACAUGGAGGAGCUGGUCUCCAUCGACAAGUUCGCCCUGGUCAACCUCCCCGAGCUGACCAAGCUGGACGUCACCAACAACCCGCGGCUGUCCUUCAUCCACCCCCGCGCCUUCCACCACCUGCCCCAGAUGGAGACCCUCAUGCUCAACAACAACGCUCUCAGUGCCUUGCACCGGCAGACGGUGGAGUCCCUGCCCAACCUGCAGGAGGUGGGUCUCCACGGCAACCCCAUCCGCUGCGACUGCGUCAUCCGCUGGGCCAACGCCACGGGCACCCGGGUCCGCUUCAUCGAGCCACAGUCCACCCUGUGUGCGGAGCCGCCGGACCUCCAGCGCCGGCCGGUCCGCGAGGUGCCCUUCCGGGAGAUGACGGACCGCUGCCUGCCCCUCAUCUCCCCCCGCAGCUUCCCCCCCAGCCUCCAGGUGGCCAGCGGGGCGAGCACGGUGCUGCACUGCCGCGCGCUGGCCGAGCCGGAGCCCGAGAUCUACUGGGUCACCCCGGCCGGGCUUCGACUGACGCCCGCCCAUGCGGGCAGGCGGUACCGGGUGUACCCCGAGGGGACGCUGGAGCUGCGGCGGGUGACAGCGGAAGAGGCAGGGCUGUACACCUGCGUGGCCCAGAACCUGGUGGGGGCAGACACCAAGACGGUCAGCGUGGUUGUCGGCCGGGCCCUCCUCCAGCCAGGCAGGGGCCAGGGCCGGGGUCUGGAGCUCCGGGUGCAGGAGACCCACCCCUACCACAUCCUGCUGUCUUGGGCGGCCCCACCCAACACGGUGUCCACCAACCUCACCUGGUCCAGCGCCUCCUCCCUCCGGGGCCGCGGGGCCCCUGCCCUGGCCCGCCUGCCCCGCGGCACGCACAGCUACAACAUCACCCGCCUCCUUCAGGCCACGGAGUACUGGGCCUGCCUGCACGUGGCCUUCGCUGACGCCCAUACCCAGUUGGCUUGCGUAUGGGCCAGGACUAAAGAGGCCGCUCCUUGCCACAGAGCCCUGGGGCACCGGCCUGGGCUCAUCGCCAUCCUGGCUCUCGCUGUCCUCCUGCUGGCAGCUGGGCUAGCGGCCCGCCUCGGCACGGGCCAACCCAGGCAGAGGGCGGCCGGGCGCCCUCUCCCCCCAGCCUGGGCUUUCUGGGGCUGGACAGCCCCCUCCGUGCGGGUGGUGUCCGCACCCGUUGUCCUGCCCUGGAAUCCAGGGAAGCAGCUGUCCAGGUCCUCGGAAGGGGAGGGGCUGUCACCGCCAUUGUCUCGUAACUCCUGAAGCCCGGCCAGUUCUCAGCAGUGGAGAAAUAGCUGGGACUACUUUUUACCAAAAGGGAAGCAAUCUGGGCCAGACGCCCUGCCAGGAAAGUGACAUGGACCACGUGCUUGAGGCCUGGCAGCUGGACCAAGACAGACGGGGCUUUGUGGCCCCCAGGGGUGCUCCUGUGGCCUCCAAAAUAGCUGCCCUUACCUUCUGGGCUGCUCUGCUGCCGCUCAGAGGAACGUCGACCAGGAUCGGGGGGGACUCUGGUGCGAGCCUCCGCCUCCCACUACCGACCUGCCCAGAGGCUCCCGGGCCUGCUUGGUCGUCCCCUGACUGUCCCCGGGCCCUGGCGCAAAGGAUGCGGCCCCACUUCUUCUCUUUGUUUGUACAGUCUCGGUUGCCUGCUCCUUCCCCUCCUGGGCAAGGGCUGAAGGAGGCCUCUCCCCUCCAUCUCGGGGCUGGCCUCACGGUGGCAGGGACCCCCAGCCACAGCUGAAGGACAUUCGGGAGAGGGACGCCCAGGAACGCCCCCUCUCGGCAGCCCUGCUCGGCACUCAGAAGCGGACUUUCUAUAGGCGGUUUUGUACCUUUGUGGAGAGAUGUGUCCCCUCCCCGGACCCGAUUCACUCUUUUCUCCUGUUUUGUAAAAAAUAAAAAUAAAUAAUGAUGAUGAUGAUGAUGA